AUGAAUCAGUUUCACAGGUCAAGAAAUAUGUGGUUCUUCAUUUGUAUCAUUAUUGAACUGUGCAGUCAGAUUCAAUGUCUUACAGCCAGAGGAGCAAGCCAGCGAAAUGUUCUCCUAAUUGUUGGUGAUGAUGCUGGAUUUGAGUCACAGGUUUAUGGAAAUAAUGUACUGAAAACUCCAGCACUUAAUUAUCUGGCAAACCGCAGCAUUGUUUUUGAUAAUGCUUUUACUUCUGUUAGUAGCUGUUCUCCAAGCAGAUCAGCCAUACUGUCAGGGCUGCCACAACACCAGAAUGGCAUGUAUGGGUUACAUAAUACAGUCCAUAAUUUUGAGUUCUCUUUUCGUAUAAUUGGGAAGAAGCAUGUAGGUCCAGAAGACGUCUACCCAUUUGAUUAUGAGGUCACAGAGGAGCAAGUGUCAAUUAAUAAGGUCGGCCGCAACAUCACAUUUAUCAAGGAGAGAGUUUCUGAUUUCUUAAAUGGGACUGCUGUAGGCCAACAGUUUUUUCUUUAUGUAGCGUUUCAUGACCCCCAUCGCUGCGGGAGCACUAACCCGGAGUUUGGUGAAUUUUGUGAGAAAUUUGGGAAUGGCCAACCUGGCAUGGGACAUAUUCCAGACUGGACACCGACACAGUACAGCCCAGACGAGGUUGUGGUUCCAUAUUUUGUGCCUGAUACUCCUGCAGCACGAAAAGAUCUGGCUGCACAGUAUACCACUAUAAAUCGUAUGGAUCAAGGCAUCAAUCUGGUCCUGGAGGAGCUAAGAAAAGCUGGCCACCUGGAUGACACUCUAGUAAUAUUUACAUCAGACAAUGGAAUUCCUUUUCCUAAUGGCCGCACCAACCUGUACACAUCAGGAAUGGCUGAACCUUUUCUACUUUCUUCACCUGAUGGCAGAUCAAAAUGGGGGAAGAGAAAUUCUGAUCUGGUCAGCUUACUGGACAUUGUCCCUACGAUCCUGGACUGGUAUAGCAUACAGUAUCCUAGUUAUCAGCUGGAGGGUAAUCUUGUACAACUGACUGGUCAGUCAUUACUACCAGUGGUCAAUGAUGAUGAUGACAAAUAUAAAUCCCACACAAAACAGCAGUUGCCAGGUGUCUCCCAGAGCAGGGAUGCUGUCUAUGCCAGUCAUGACCUCCAUGAAAUCACAAUGUUUUACCCCAUGAGAUCCAUACGGAACCAGAACUAUCAUCUCAUCCAUAACCUCAAUUUUAAAAUGCCCUUUUCUAUUGAUCAAGACUUUUUUGUAUCUCCAACAUUCCAAGAUAUUCUGAACCGAACAAAAGAAGGUCUUCCACUAUCCUGGUUUAAAACACUAGACCAGUAUUAUUAUCGGGAUGAAUGGGAAUUGUUUGAUGUGCUGUCAGAUCCAUUUGAAGUACAUAACGUAGCCUACGAUCCCAGAUACGUUAGUGUUGUUUCUGACUUGAAGAAGCAACUGAAGACAUGGCAGAAUGUUACAGCAGAUCCAUGGAUUUGUGCACCAGGUGCAGUUCUUGAAUUUCAAGGAAAAUACAAGGGAAACCCUCAGUGUCUGUCCAUGUAUAACGGACUUGAUGGAAGCUAA